GAACUCUUUUAGUUGCCGUUUACAUACGGUCGGAUACGGUCGGAUUUCCACCAGAGUAUCGCUGCUAAGCUAGGAGAAGUUGCGGCAGUGUGCCUCAACCAAACCAAACCCUCAGCCAUUGGUUGGCACAUGCACAUGCAACAUUUCUGGUCCUUGAGAGUGAUUUCCGUUGAAUAUUCAUGAAUUUGUAGCAAACAAGUUGCGUUUGAUCGUUGUAUCCUAAGUGUUACUAUUAAAUAGUGCAAACUGUGUGAAGGUUUUUCAAAAUGGUGAACAAACAAUACAACGUACACAACCCAAAAUUGUAUAAAUCGAAAAGUGCUCAGAGUUCACCGGCUCUGAUGAGAAAUUACUCGGAGGUGUCAAAUCAACCAAAUCCCCCCAGUGUUACUGGAUCACUGGAGAACAAUUUGAACCACGGCGUAGAACAUCACCAGCACCAUCGUCAGCGUUCGCAUAACUUUAAUCCGGCUCAGAAUAAUUUAGAUUUGGAUGUCCGGCGUCGCAAUGCAGGCUCUACAUCGCCAUCUGUCGAAGACUUUGGCGAGGAUGGCGUGUACGGGCGGAAUAUCAGCUACUACAGUGAGACCGCCCAGCUCGGUGGCAGUGAAAGUCCUACCAGUGGCAAUCACGAGCGGCUCAGCGUGAAGGAUUUGACCAUCAGCGACAUUGGUCGGUUUCAGUACAUUCUACAGAUGGACCGAGAAGUGGGUACACCAUACAGCGGAUACACAGAAUCAUCCUCCCAGAACUCACCCUCGGCAGGAAAUUCUCUACCCAAUCACCUGCACGCCAACCGUCAGAGUUUCAACUACUGGAAGGCCGGCUCACAAACCCCACUCACCAGCUCCUCCUCCGUCAAUUCCUUCUUCCGGCCAUCUACCCAUUCCAGCUGUUGCCUCUGGAAAGCUCUCAAACUGAUAUGGCGCUUCAUCAAGUGGCCCCUGGGACUGCUGUUGAUUUGCAGCCUGUUAGGUUUAGUCGUAUAUUUCUUGGUUGUAGAUAGGGAUAUAAUGAGCAGCUCUUUACUGGGAGAUAAUGGGAUCUAUGACGUGGAGGAGAAUCUCUCUAUAGAUUUUAACGAUUUUACCCACACGAAUGAUUUGAACAGCGGAGCCGUGACCACAUUCGGACGAGAUCAUAAAAAUAAAGGAAACGGAUUUUCUAAAGAUGGUUCAACUCCUAAUUCCAAGUUUUCUUUCGGCCUGAAUAAUGAUUUGCUAUCGAUAAUAGUCAAAAAGACCGAGCAAAAUCGAAAUGAAGGUCUACACCUAUGGACCUCUACGGAACAUGAAAACCUGAGUGAGGAAACCCCUGCCCAAGUGGUUAAGAUUAGUAGUACAACUCGGGUGCCAGUGCGGAAAACGAGCACUAUUUCAUUGAAGGACUACACAAAAACCAAAGUUUCGUUCGACGACGAUGAAUUUGAGAAUGAAGAUGCUAUUAAGGAGCAAACGACACGAGCGAUCGACGCCGGAUCAGAUGGACAAAGCAGACAGGUGGGAUCUAACGGGGAUAUUUCCUUCAGAUCGCUUGGAUUCACUUCAGGUCAUCAGAAUAGUUUUGGCGUUCCUAUCGAAGAGGAUGAGCAUCAAUUGACGAUGUUAAAUGAACAGUUGAUGAGACUUGAGAGGCAGAGAGAAAAAAAUCUUACCUCUACCUCGGCCACCACGGACUCCAGUCUGUAUCGGACCAAAGUGUCGCCAACGCUGCCCAUUCUGUCACGAUACGAAAUCACCACCGAAGGUUUGAAACGUUUCAAUAUUUCCGAAGAAGGUACUGCCCACAAGCCAACAGACAGCCUAGCAGGAAUCUGCAAGUCCACAUCGCUUCCUCUGUGCCGGGGUGUUCUGCCGUAUGAUUUGACCACUUCGAAGAAUAUACUGCUUACCAGCGUGGAGUAUGAACAUUUUCAAUAUCUUAUCAAUUCCAAAUGCUCCGUUCGUGUCGCAGAGUUUGUCUGCCUCGUCCUGGAGCCCGAGUGUCGGCCAACGCGAAUGGGAACGCUGACACCCUGCAAAAGAAUAUGCAAGUCAAUCCUGGAACCAUGUGCACAUAUAAUAGCUAGUUCGGAGAUACUAACAUCGACGUUCGAUUGCGACAGUUAUCCCGACUCAAAUGAUCGAAAUGUCUGCGAGGAUCCUACUCGUCAAAGCGAUUGCUACGCCAAUGAGUUCCAAUGCGCGGAUUCCAGCUGUAUUCCACAUCAGUGGAAAUGUGACAACAUUAAAGACUGUCAAAACGGAGAGGACGAGUCUGAUUGCAAAUUCUGCGAACGAGACGAAUAUCGUUGCCUAUCGAACGACAAGUGCAUCCCGGACAAGUGGCGCUGUGAUCAGUACGAAGACUGCCCGGAUGCAUCCGAUGAACUAGAUUGCUACUACGAUGAACAAACCACCUAUCCGACCGGGUUCGGAAGCCAACGUGAGUACCCGUUCGUGCAGGUUCAGGUUCCAAAUAGUCCGGUUAAUGGCAAGCCUUACUUAACAAUAACUAACGAGGAUCGCGAACGGAAUCAACGGAACCAGAAGGCGGAACAGGCUCGCACAGAACGACAAUAUUCCGAUUAUGGAUCAUCAAGAGAGGAUGAGUAUGAACCAACAGCGGCGGAAAACGUGCCGCAAAUAAAUCGAAGGAACCGGACAGAUUCAAUCGAAUUCAAAACAGAAAAAGUGGAAGAUCAAACCGAAGCGGAAACAAUUCGGACAAUUUCGGUCCCGAAAUCUUUGAGUAACUUUCAGGACAGCAAGGAAAUCAUGAUGACAUCAGACUCAGAAAAUGAUUACAAGUUUAGCAGUACGAGUAGGGCAUUUUUAACGACGGCCCAUGCUUCGCCCUGUCCCGAAGGAGAGCUACGAUGUGUUAGCGGAAUUUGCAUUUCAGUAGAGCAAUUGUGUGAUAAAGUUACGGAUUGCGCCGACGGUGCCGAUGAGGCCAUGUGUGUUUACAAGAACUGAAAAAACUCAUCAAUGAACAUUGCCAACUAAUCGAAACCAUGACCUGGAAGAUUUUAGUAAAAUAGCAUCCCACACUGCCCGGAACAGGUUUUUCUGUCAAGCAAAGAGAUUUGAGCGGUUGUAUCUGUAAAGUGAUUUUAUUUGUUAACUUGUUGUUAAAAGCAUGGCACAGUUUAGAUUUAGUACAAGAAAACAUCCUCUCUAUCACUUACCAUUACCAUUGUUGAAGUUACCCAUGAUGUGUAUUAUUAGGCUAAUGAGCGGUAGGACAGGACAAUAUGUGUAAUAAUAGAAUGAAUACAUAGGUUGGCGCAUCUAAAUACUCUACAAAACGGCGUGUUUUGUGGUACGUAUUUAAAAGCACCAACGUUUGGAUGAAUAUUUUAAAAGAUUGAUAUUUUACUCGGUAGUGAUCUUAGCAAAACGUUGUAAAUAAAUCAUUGACUAUUGACUCAUUUCA